CUAGCUAUUGUUACCCUCCCUCCUUCAUCUCAUUAUUAUACCAUGAGUUUAGCCCCCCUACUUCCAUGUACCUAUAUUCUAUUUGAUCAUUCUGGCAAUGAAGUGUGCUAGUGCUCCACUCCAGUGCAUUUUGAUGAUGGAAUGAUGAAUCUCUCAUGGAGUGGAUGACCGCACUCCAAAGUGCACAAUCCGCCACACAGUUCUUGUUUUUCUUGCAGCGCAUACGGAGAAGAAGUAAUCAUGAGGACUGUCUCAAUUGAUGAUAUUGAUUAAAAGCGCUUGUUUGUGCACGCGAUUCCAGAGAGAAGGUGUUUUUUUGUUAUUACCAAAUUGCUUUGGAACUAUAGACCACAUGGACAUACACUCUUGUCUUUUGAUAUGAUAUAUCAGUAUUUCAUUUCCAAAUUGGAGGCAUAAAAGGAUGAAAUUCUGCUAUCUGAAGAGGAAUGUCCAUUGGACAUUGCUGUAGAAAGCAAACGCAAAGUCCGGUUUGUACUUAAAGUCCCUCAGGAUCAGGAAAUGGCCAAUCAACAUGGGGCUUUGCCGGCCCUUACAGACUCUGCCAGACACAAGAUGCUGAGCAAAUUUUUUGGAGUCAGCAGCAGCGAACUUAGUCUUCCCUUCUCGCAGUCUGUACCUUCAUCACAUGAUAACAUAUCUAAUGGCUUUGACUCCCCACGUUCAGACACAUAUUCCAACUGUGAUGCCAUCAGUGUGAGCAGUAGUAACAGCAGUAGUAGCAGCUUUUCAAAUGGCCAACGCAAAUCAAGAGGGCAAAAACCUGUGCUUGGUUCAAAUGGGGUUACAGGAUUAUUAUUGAAACCUCAGACUCCUCGCUUCAAGCGAAAGGCAUCCACUCCCGGUCAAGAGCAUAGAAAUAUACGACCCCCUAACAGGGCACAGAAAAAGAGACACAGACCAAAAUCACUAACUUUGAUGCUGGAAAGAAGUCUGAGUUUAAAGAGGAGACAAAAUGACGGUGGUAGAAAGCAGAAUGGGAAAGAACUGUCAACAGAGGAAUCAGCCCCAGGAGUACUCAAAGUUUUUGGAGACUCCUUGUGCCCUGGAUCAAAUUAUAAGAGUAUACUUGCUUCUGCAAGGUCAUCAGCUGUUGAGUUAGUGAAGGAAAUUUUGACAAGGUAUUCUCUACCCAGAAGUGCACAUACAGAAUAUGUUCUGUGUGAUGUCAUUGGAAAGUUUGUAAGUAGGAAGCAAAAUGGACUGAAGAAGACAGAACAGGGUGAUUCACAGGAAAGAUGGAUUGAGGAAUGUGUAAGAGCACUUGCAGACAAUGAGAAACCUUUGAUGAUCCAGUCAUUCUGGAAGCCUGGUGAUGGUCUUGUAAGGCGAUUUGAGAUCAGACGACGACAAGAUCUCCCACCGGAGGAGAUAGACAGCAUCACAUCUGGUAUUAACAAGAAUGCCAGAAGACUUCAGAUGUCACGGUCACAUGCUGUUGCUCCAAAUGAGACCAGUAUGGACAGGUUGGAUACUGGUGUAGAUAUGGAAAAUGGAUUCUUCAAUGGAGACCUUGCUUCCCAUUCUAGUCCACGAUCAAGCAUCAUCCACUCUCAGGAUCCAAAUUUGAGCCUGGAACGCGAAGAAACAGAGAGCAGUGAUGAGCCAAUCCUUUGCAAUAUGAGAAUGCCCUCAGAAAUGCCGUAUUUCCUAACACUCCACGGUUAUGACAAUCAUGAUGUCUUGCUUCACAUGCUCACCAAGGAAGUGAUGCUUGUGGGAAAUAGACAAAUUGAACCUGAGGAGGAUGAUAGUGAUGAAUUGUAUGCAGAGGGUAUUGAUAUCUCUCUUGAGGCUCCUGAUAUCUUGCCACAGCACUGUUGGAUCUUCCGCCAGCAGAGGCAUCUACAGGAACAGGAAGACUCAAGAGAAGAAGAGAGUGAAUUUGUUGUAAGACUAGAGACCUUACCCAAUGCGCACGUCAUCAUCAAUGGUAUCCCUGUUUCUGGAAGUGCCACUCUUAACCCUGGAGACUUUGUGUGCUUUGGUCAUCACUACGCAGUUAUGUACAAGGACCCUACAGCCUGUACCUCUCCAGCAAUGUUCCCCUGGAGUAUCCCACCCAGCAUGACUCAGAGGCGCUGGGUUGCUCCCAAUCAGUAUCUUGCCCAGAAAGCCAAUGAAUAUACCAACGACAAGCAGAGAAUUAAGGUUAUGUACAGACCUCAUGAUGAGGACCAGAUUUUCAACUGGAUUGGGCAACACCUAGAGAAGGCAGACACCAAGUGUCCUCUUGGAAUGUCUUACCUCUUAGCAUCUAUGGUUGAAUAUGCCGCCUAUCAUUUUCAUCAGACCAAUGCGAAGUCACUCGUUAUCAAAUCGGCAACUCUCAUCCAAGGCAUCGCUUGGGACACAACUAAAAAUCUUGCCAAUCGCCCAGCAGAGAAACCUGAGGAUGUUCAUGGUACCAUGGCAACACUCGUCCCAGAUCUGCGUAUUCUACUCAUCUGCAUGGCCAAUGCCUUGGAGCUUCUUAACUUCUACCAGAACAACCUUCACAACUACUUGGCUUCCCAGAUGCCCUAUAAGGAUGGGAACAGCUCAACACCUUCAACUUCAUCAUCAACAUCUUCAUCAGAGCAGGAAAAGAGAGAGGUAGAGGAGGGUGAACAAGAAGUCUUGUCUAUCUUAGAAGAGGUGAUGAUGUAUACAUUCCAGCAGUGUGUCUACUAUCUCACCAAGACGCUCUAUGUAGUCCUACCAGCGGUUCUCGAUUCUAACCCAUUCUUGGAUGAAUCAAACGAUGGACGUAGUUCACCAAGCAACAGUGGUAUGGACAAGGUCAUCUAUGUCUUUCAGUCGACCUAUGACCUCCUACAUGAGGUUGGAGUUCAUUCUCAGAUUACAUCACAACUCUUUGCAUACCUGCUAUUCUUUACCAAUGCAUCACUCUUCAAUAUGCUCAUGGAAAGAGGAGUUGGAGGCAAGUUCUUCAAGUGGUCAAAGGGAGCCCAGAUCAGAGGCAACCUGGAUCUUCUAGAGAUAUGGAUCCAUGAGAAAGAUCUAAAGCUCCAGGCUAGCUUCCUACAGAAGGUUUCCAUGGCAACAGACCUACUAGCCACACCCAAACUCCAACUUGCUCAGGCGGAGUGGAGCUCAAUCCGACGGGAUUUCCCAGUGCUGAAUGCAGCCCAGAUUCAUCAGAUGCUUAGCGAGUAUGAUAUUGGAUGUUCACAGGCUUCAAGACCCAGGGCUUGGUUCCCAACACCCAAGGAAGUAGAGGCUGCAUUGAAAACAGAGGAAAUCCUGGUAAGCUUUGAUGAUCAUCCACCACUGGUUCUGCCUACGGAUGCCUUCCAACUUGAUCUAAGAUGUGAUGUCUGUGAACUGUUGCCAGGAUUCAGAGAUAUUCUUCAGGCGCUCCAUAAAGAAUUCCCAAAGAUCAGAAUAAAGACUGAUCAUGGAGAUAUCAAUCUACCGGUGUUUGAUGAGGAGUCAUCAAUCGAAGAGACAACAGGUCCGGAGGAAGACAUUCCAUCUAGGGACAAAAGGAAAAAAGCAGUCAUGCCCAAGAUCAGAUCUCGAUGUUCUUCUUGGCCUACAAAUGAGAAAGAUGCGGGGGCUAUUCUUGAUGAUAACCUGGAGGAAGAGAAAGGUGUGAAAAUUCAUCAAGCAAAAGGAGGAAUCGACCAGAGAUGCCAAAAACUCAUGGAGGAAUUAUCUCUGAAUGGGGAAGUCAACAACAAUGUAAGGAACAUCAGAGCAAGGCCAAGUGUCAGAAGACAGACAUCUCUUUCUGCAUUGCCAGACCAUAAGCCACAUCCACCCCUUGUCAAGAGUUAUAGCUCUCCAUCAAUGCCAAAUGUAGCUACAAUGGUACCUAAGGUUGAUACUGAUACAAAUGGUUCAAGAACUCUUUUGACGAGUGGAAUUAGUGAGAAUGGACAUGGUAGUAGGUUGAUGGUUGCAGAUCGGAAGCCAGAGAAUGGCUGUAAGGGUGCUCCGGUGAAUCAUGUUGUCAAGCCAAUCCUGAAGAAUAAAAAACCCAAGCCUCAUCGGAUGGACAUAGAGAAUGGUAUAUCCCACAUUACUCAGGAUGUCAUAUUAGAGGAAGAUGGUGAAGUUUUCCUACCAUCGCCACCACCAGUCUCGCCCAAACCUGCAUCUAUUCCUCCAUCACCAAGAAUCCCAACAUCAACCAUCACCAUGCAAACUCCAUCUCUUUCAUCAUCAGCGAUAUCAUCUACUGAUCAUAAGAAACAUUCCUCACCACCUCCACCUCCUCCCAAACCAAAGACAAGACCAGCUUUGAAUGGCUUUCAGCUUCCUCGCACUCCAGCCACCAAUGGAAACCUCAAUGUCAUAGCUCCUCCUCUAGGAUUUGAGUCAUCCCCAGAAGAGAAACAGAGGAGAGAGGAAGCAGUAAAGCAAGGUGAUAGGAUUAAACAGGACGUCUUCAAACUGGAGGGCAAAGAUAUUGAGAUAACCCUGGAGAAUGGAGACAAGGGAAGGGUGGUGGAAGAAAGUAAAGAAAAUCAGAAAGUCAUUGGAGCAGAAAAGGGGGAAGCUCUAAGCAGUAAUAUGAGCAACAACAAUGUGGAUCUGGAUGGAGAAGGGCUAGAGGAACUUCUUAAAGGGAUUGAUUGCCAAGACAACAGCGACCUUAGUUUCUGGCAGGAAGACCGCACAGGAUCAGAGUCAACAGGUAGCCUUGCUACUCCUGAGAGUUGGACCAAUGAAUCACCUCAAAGUGAAUGGUCAUCAUCAUCAUUCAGGCAACGCAAGGAUUCUAUAGAUGAUGUGUUUGUAGUGGAUCUAGAGAAGGGAGAGUCUGGUCUUGGUCUUGGACUAGUUGAUGGACUGCACACUGUGUUGAAAUCUCCUGGGAUCUAUAUCUGUAAGGUACUGCCUGGUGGGUCAGCUAACCAAUGUGGUAAACUCAGAGUUGGUGAUAGGAUUCUAGCAGUCAAUGGUACAAGUCUAGUAGGGGCAGAUUAUGAUAGUGCAAUGAAUCUGAUCAAGAAUACUGGUGAUAAGUUACGUAUACUGGUUGGCAAAUCAGAUAACAACACUGCUAUGAAGAUCACAGCUUCCAGCUGCUAAAGAAUGAUCAAAGACCAAAUAGAGAGCCAAUAGAGGGCAGUCUUCAUUCUACUCUUUGAAGCAGGAUUUAGUUUUUAUUGCUCAUAUUAAUCAUAUAUAUUACUCUCUGAACAGCAAAUGUAUAACCAUAAAAUUUGCAAGAUAAUCAAGAUUGCUUUCUUUAUAAGCAAAUAAUAUUUGUGGUUAAUUAUCAGACUCAAUUCAGCAAUAUCAUUAAACUGAGUUUGUGUCUUAUAUCAUUCCUUGAACUUUCAUAAAAUUAAAGCUGUGCAUGUAAGAUUGACUGAAUCAUUUUCCUAAUUGGUAAUGAAAUUUUACCAUGAUUAGGCAUUUAGGGUUUAUUCCUUUGUUGCCUAUCUGCGUUCAUUCAGUCAUUGCUGAGUGUUUAUAUUCAUGAAUGUAUUAAUCAUGAAAUUACCCUUAAAACUAAGCUGUUUAGUUAUUAAUAUAUUCUUAUCUUUCUAGAAAACAUUAUUCGUUAUCCAGGAAUUACAAUUGUCAAUAGAUCCAUUGUAUGCAUACAUUAAAUCUCUAAGUAAGUAUUAUGGUAUAUCUGUGCUCAGAAGAAAAGUACAAACCUAAAUUUAGAAAGAUAGAUACUGUGGUUGAAACCUUGAUUUGAUCAAUUGUUCUAAGAAGUAGUUUCAGCAUUGAGAAGAGUUGUAAUUAGA